AUGAUUCCUGUAGUCUUUCUAACUAUCCUAUGCUUGGGAGUGACCUUGGCUGUUCCAACACCUGAUUAUAAUUUGGAUGCUGAAUGGGAGGAGUGGAAGAGAAGCUUUGAGAAGACAUAUAGUCAAGAGGAAGAGAAACACAGGAGAGCAUUGUGGGAAGAAAACGUGAAAAUGAUCAAACAACACACAGUAGAGAAUGGCCUGUGGUUGAACAACUUCACUGUAGAAAUGAAUGAAUUUUGUGACAUGACUGGUGAAGAAAUAAGAAUGAUGACAGAUAGUUCAUCUCUGACUCUGAGUAAUGGGAAACACAUCCAGAAACGCAAUGUCAAAAUUCCCAAAGCUUUGGAUUGGAGAAAGGAAGGCUAUGUGACUCCUGUGCGAAGCCAGGGAGCAUGUGGUGCCUGUUGGGCUUUUGCUGUGGCUGGUUCCAUAGAAGGACAACUGUUCAAAAAAACAGGCAAAUUGCUCCCACUGAGUGUUCAGAACCUAGUGGACUGUUCCAGAACGUUUGGCACUAUGGGAUGUAAAGGAGGCAGAAUCUACAAUGCCUUCCAAUAUGUGAAGAACAAUGGAGGUCUAGAGGCUGAGGCAACCUACCCAUAUGAAGCAAAGGAAGGACACUGCAGGUAUCGUCCUGAAUAUUCUGUUGUUAAGGUCAUCCGGUUUUUGGUUGUCCCAAGGAAUGAAGAAGCUCUAAUCAAUGCUCUAGUAACGAAUGGGCCUAUUGCUGUAGGAAUUGAUGCUCAACAUGAAUCUUUUAAAAAAUACACAGGAGGUAUAUAUCAUGAGCCAAACUGUAAACGUGAUUCUCCCAACCAUUCUAUGCUGUUGGUUGGGUUUGGUUAUGAAGGCCAAGAGUCAGAAGGCAGAAAAUAUUGGCUGGUAAAAAACAGCCAUGGUGAACAAUGGGGUGAAAAAGGCUAUAUGAAGAUUCCCAGAGGUCAGAACAACUACUGUGGAAUUGCUUCCUAUGCCAUGUACCCUAUCUUGUGA